UGACGUUAGGGCGGGAAGCGGGAGGAGUUUGGGCGCUUGGCCGAAACCCAAGAUGGCGGCGGGGAUGUACCUGGAGCACUACCUCGACAGUAUUGAGAAUUUGCCAUUUGAGUUGCAGAGAAACUUCCAACUCAUGCGAGAUCUCGACCAACGAACAGAAGAUCUUAAAUCGGAGAUUGAUAAAUUGGCCACUGAGUACAUCAGCAAUGCACGGACGUUGUCUUCAGAGGAGAAACUGGGCCUUCUCAAGCAAAUCCAAGAAGCUUAUGGGAAGUGCAAGGAGUUUGGGGAUGACAAAGUGCAGCUCGCUAUGCAGACCUAUGAGAUGGUAGAUAAGCAUAUCCGACGGUUAGACACAGAUCUUGCCCGAUUUGAAGCUGACCUGAAAGAGAAACAAAUUGAAUCAAGUGAUUAUGACAGCUCAUCCAGCAAAGGCAAAAAAAAAGGCCGGGCCCAGAAAGAGAAGAAAGCCGCCCGUGCCCGCUCCAAGGGAAAGAAUUCGGAUGAGGAAGCACCAAAGACAGCACAAAAGAAGCUGAAGUUAGUGCGCACCAGCACAGAGUACGGGAUGCCUUCAGUUACCUUCGGCAACGUGCACCCCUCUGACGUACUGGACAUGCCUGUGGAUCCCAAUGAGCCUACCUAUUGCCUCUGCCACCAGGUCUCGUAUGGGGAGAUGAUUGGUUGCGACAACCCAGAUUGCUCAAUCGAAUGGUUCCAUUUUGCUUGUGUGGGCUUGACGACAAAACCAAGAGGGAAAUGGUUCUGUCCUCGCUGUUCCCAGGAGAGGAAGAAGAAAUAAAAACCAAGUCUUCUAGGGUUCUGAUACUGGUGUUAGAGCGGCCAACUCUGCUCCUGGACUUCAGCGCUCUUUUCCCCAGUUCGUGGGGCCUCAUAGUUAGGGGGGUCUCACCUUUGGUGAGGAGAGUUACCUGUGAAUGGUUUGUACCUAUACGAUGGUCCCCUUGUGUGUGUACUGCAACACUCGCCGCUUGCUCUUGGAGGCAGAUGGAGUAAGCCCUCUUCUUUUCUACAGCCUUAUACCCUCCCUAGGUUUCCUCUAAAGGAAAACAAGACUUAUUUGUGGGGGAAGGAAUGAUGCCUGAAUACCUAAAGAAGAACAAAAUGUUCCCUCCUGAUUUUCCAAGCUGUGCCUUGGAAUGGGGGCAGCAGAGCCAGCCCUUUUGCCAGUAAGCGAUUUAAGAAGAUGGGCCCCUUGUUCUUUCUCCCCAUCCCACAACAUUCCAUUUUUCAAAGGGAGAGGAAUGGUUUAGAACCAUCUGGAAUCGUGUCUCGUCUUCUACAAUGGAUAAAUCCCUUCUAUGAGGCAAGAGUUCUGUGCUGCCUGCUGAAUGGAAAGUUAAUGGAUUUUGUAAAGGAGGCCAGUCAGUCUCCCUCCUCUUUUGGUGGUGCUUUUUUGAGGGGAAACCCUUUGUAACAUAUGGCAUUAAAUAAAUAAAACCAAUUCAACAA